AUGUCAUCUGAUGUGUUAAAACUACCAAAUGAUAAGUUGGAGGAUGGACAAGUUUUGCGUUUAUACAGCAUGCGGAUGUGCCCAUAUGCCCAGAGAGCUCGUUUGAUGCUUGCUGCCAAAAACAUCAACUAUGAUCUGGUCAACAUCGACCUAAACAAUAAACCUGACUGGUUCUUUGAUCUCAAUCCUUAUGGGGAAGUACCAGUGCUGUUACACAAUGGAGGCUGUGUUUAUGAGUCCUUGAUUACAGCAGAAUACAUAGAGGAAGCUUUUCCCCAGCCGAAAUUCUAUUCAGAUGAUCCUCUAGUGAGGGCCCGUGAGAAGAUAUACUUCAACCACUGGACCAAAAAGGGAAUUCCAGCAUUUUACAGUUUGCUUAAGGUCGGAUACCCAGAUCCUGAGCAAACCAAAAGGUUAGAGGAGCAUGUUGGGAUCAUGGACUCUUUUUUAAAGAAGUUGAAUACGCCAUACUUCCAUGGGGACCAAGUUGGCUUCCCUGACUACAUGAUCUGGCCAUGGUUUGAGCGAGCGCCCGUUCUCAAGGACAUUACAGAGUUUAAUAUUUCACCUGAGAAGUACCCACAUUUAUCUGCCUGGAUAAACAGAAUGUGGAAAGACCCAGCUGUUCUCAAGUGUAUGAUAGACCCCCAGUUGAUGAUCGACCAUUACCAGUUUUACAGAACUGGCAAGCCAGAUUUUACUCUUGGAGCUGCCAAACCUGCUCCAGUGCAGGAACUGCUGGAAAACCUGGAUGGUCUGAGAGAUCCCACAACUAGAGAUAGGCAGAAGUAG